AUGGCAAAGCCGGGAAACAAGUUCUCAUAUUCACGCCUGGGCGACCCCACUCGGGAGAUUCGUCUCCUUGAGCUGCAGGCCGGACAGGACUCGGAUCCGGUCAAAUGCGACCUCGUAACAUCCAAUCUCGACAAACAAGAUGUCGCUUACGAGGCCCUCUCUUAUACCUGGGGCACCGAUGAUGCGUCUUGCUUGAUGCUGUUAGCUGGCGGGACCUUUGGGAUCCGGCCGAACCUCGAAGCAGCCUUCCGGCGGCUGCGAAAGACUGACAAAUCUCGAAGACUUUGGGUCGAUGCCGUAUGCAUCAACCAGGAUGACAUGGACGAGCGAAACGCGCAGGUGCGCAGUAUGCUACGCAUUUACAAGACGGCAUCGCGCGUCCUGGUCUGGCUCGGCCCAGCCUCCGACCACAGCCACCUGGCCAUGGCCCGUAGAGGCUUCAUGCACAACUUCCACGCCAUCAACCAGGAAAUGUGGGAUCAAGGCCUCUCACCGAGCUCACCGCGGUACCUCGGCUUCGCUGAUCUCACGGGCCGGCCCUGGUGGCGGCGUACCUGGGUC